AUGUUGAUAACACUAAGCGUGAUUGCUUCCGAAUCUUUCAAAAGCAAAAAAACUUGGUCAAGAUUGGUUUGGCCUAUCCAGGCUAAAGAUAGCCUGUACCUUCUUGAUACCAAUCGAUUACGUCAAGCUCAAAUUCAUACCGGUCAGAUCAGGCGUCAAAAAAUCCCAAACUUGAAAGAUACCAUUGCAGUGAAUAUCUCUAUCGAUGGCUCAUUCGUUGUAUUCAUAUGGAAUAAUAAUGAAAUCUGUUUAUGGCACGGUGAAAGUCGGACAUUAUUAACCAUUGAAAAUUCUAAGCAAUUCGUUGAGAACUACCUAAAUCAAGGGAGCAGAGUUAGCAUUUUCGUCUCAGAUUGUGGUCGGAAGAUUAUCGUAGUUAUUGAUAUGAAGAAAAUAUUGCUAUGGGAAGCUGAUCUUGAUAGUUUUUUUGAACUCAAAGGGAAGGAAGCUACUGCAAGUGGGAUUUGGAGUAAUAUCCAGCCAAACAAUUGCAGUUUACCGGAUGAAGGCAGUAAAGAGGCAUUUGUCGAAACAAUAUUUUACUUUGAUCCGAUGAUUGGAUUUAAUUGCAGCAUCAUCUUCGUAUUUAACAAUCAAGCGAACCAACUCGUAAUUACACAGAUCUUAAUAAGAUGGACAGAUUUAAAUGAAGAGGAACAAGUUUUAAAAAACAUAGCUAAACAAAGUUUACGCAGCAGUGAAAAUCGACAUCAAUCGGACAGAAAGCAUCAAGAUGAAAUCACAUUUAUUCCGGAUUCUGUUUAUGAAACGCACAAUCCCAGCUAUCAAACUAUACCGCAGGCCUUUGAUCAACGUUAUCGUUCGGAACUUAUUAACUUAGCAGAUAUCUGUAGUGCUGCCAAAGCUAAUUUUAAAGCAGGUGCAUAUGUUGCGAAGCAUUCACGCGAUGGCGAUAUUUUAGCUAUCGCUAUGAAUCAGAAAAUAUCCAAGGAUACCAGAAUUAUAUUUUACUCUUUACGUGCUAAAGCCAUUGUAGUAACAGACAUGUACGGGUGCAGUCGUCGUGAUGGACGCGGCAAGGAAUUCAGCAUUACCGAUAUGACUUGGACUUCCAAUAGUUUAUUACUAAUUGCGAUAACACGUAAUGGGUUCGUAGCUAUCAUUAGCCGUGCUGGACAACUGCUAUUGUGCAAUACGAAAGGCUUGGGUACGGAGUUAGGCCCCUCCUUUUAUUUGCCGUUACAUCCAUUAAUGACCAUUAAAAAAUUUAGUGAUAUGACAGGUGAUAGUAGCAGCAAAAUUACGAGCCCGAAUACAAGCGAACAUGAAAAUGAUGACUUUGAAAAGCUGAAACAAAAGUUUUCUGUUACAGUUCAUCCUCGGUUACCGCGAAUUAUCACAUCAGACGGCUACAUGUUUAUUAUUAUAUCUUUGCCAGCAAUUGCAACUCAUUGUCAACAUAUGAUCUCAACAUUCAUACAGGAAGUACAAGUAGCUGUUUUAAGGAAAUUUAAAGAUUCAGCUAACCCGAUAAUUGGCAUCAACACGGAAACAAAUUUUAGUCGCACUAAUAAUUUUGAUUAUUUAGGCACGCGAAGUAUUAAUCAAUUACUAUACAAGGGAUCAUUAUAUACAGGUCUUCCAAUCGGUGACGGGAGUGGUAAUAUCGAGCAAGGAUUCGAUCACACGCAAUUUGGCAAUCAACAGUUGCAACGCACGAUAAGCGAAGAAUUUAACACUACAUAUGGAUAUUCUACAACAUCAUCAACAACCGAAUUAGGCCUCAACACAUUCUUAAAUGGUCUAGAUUAUGGCAUUAUUGAAUUUGGUUUUCCAAUUGAUACCCUAGAAAAAGAAACAGCUGCUGUACUGGGGCAAGAAUACGCACCGUUGCAUGUUAGUUUUAAUGGUUUAUUAAAUGCCUGGUCACUAUUGGUGACUGCCAAUAUAGAUGCGUCGGCUGGAUUUAAUCGUGAUUUACUAACCUGGAAAGUCAUCCAAUGUAUUGCACAGGUUUCUAACCAAGUUUUAAUUUUUAGUAUAUCAAAAUUUACUCAAACUGAUGGUUCAAGUAAUCGUCGUGCUCAUAGACAAUUGACAAGGCAGAGAUCAAUACUAUUUGAUUUAUCAUUUAUUCAGGCCAUUAACAUGGUCACAUCACUGUACCAAAAAUGCAUGACUAUAAUUCUGUGGGAUGCAGCUACACGCCACUCUAUGCAACAUGCAAUUUUUCUGCCAUUUAGUUUGAUUCGUGCUUUUCUAAAUAUACCGGCUCGAUCGGAUCAGAGAUUUAUUUUACUUGAAUAUUGUUACAAAUUUACCAGAUUUGCUGAUCAAAUUUUGACGUCAACUUACUCUUCUAUAAUACGCGAGCGCAAUGCCGGUAAUAAACAGAGUUUUCAAAAUACUACCAACGCAAAGUCAUCCGCUAACGAUGCUCUACACCUUGACGUGACAGUGAGAGUGGCCAACUUAUGGCUGUAUCUUUAUAGCCAUAUCGUUGUUACUUGGAAAGCUGUACAAUCAGAAAAUAUUGCAAGUGAUAAAAUCAAGGAAUUGGCUAGGUCCUUAUUAUAUAACAUUCAGGGGGUGUUAACGCAUUAUAAUAUAGAAAUACCUUACCAAGAUAAUGAUCAUGCCUGUAUUCAAGCAUUAAAUGAGUGCUAUACAAUGUAUUUUAAAGGAUCAAUACUAGAUGCUGCCAAAUCCUUGGCGUCAGCAUAUCAACGUCGAAGCGAUAAUAAUCUUCUAACUGACAAUUUUAAAUCUGCUCAUCCCAAAUUAUCCUUACUUUACAUGUAUCUUGAAAGUUAUCAUUUAAAUGACGCCAUUAAUCUGGUUAACUCACUAAUUGCCGUUCGUCACGAUCAUGAUGCAUCACUAUCAUCCAUUAAUCGAGCUGCAAGCUAUGCUAGCCUAAGUGCCGGCUCAGACAUAAGCCAUUUAUCAGUACCACAGCUAUUUUCAGGUAGACAGAAACAUCGAUCAUCUCGGAAAAAGAAUUUAAGUAACAACAUGCCCCAUUAUUGGGUUAAAGAUAUAAUAGACCUUGAAGUUGUGCAAAAUUUUGCGCGUUGUAUGGCUUUGUAUUUUUGCUAUGGAUAUGAUAUUUUAAUUAGUCCUGCACACCAUGCCCAAAAUUGUCCGAGUCUAUUUACAUUAACUUGUCGAAAAGGAGAGGAUUUAGAUCUAGUAAAUAAAACUGAAAACACCAGAUUAUUUCGGUUGAAAGAGCGUCUUAAAGGACAUAAAUUUUUACCAAGAAUAAAAUCCACAGCCCUAGAGGUGGUCUAUAAAGAUGGAAAUCGUUAUUUUAAAUUGGAUCGUGAAAGCAUCGCUAAAGCAGUUCGUAACUUAACUUUAGAUAGUGUAUGGACAGCGAAAUUUACGUGUUAUUUACUGCUGACAUCAGGUUUACUGUCAGAAUCGAUUUGGUUUACCAUGCAACUGGGCGAUUGGAAAAAUGCUUUAGUACUUGCUACACUAUACGAGAAGCGGUAUCAAUUUUUUCAAGCGAACAAAUUUGUAUCUUUUGCAGAAUUACCGAAACAAUUGACAACAAGAUACAUUAUUCAAUCGCAUAUCGAUUCAGCCUUGCAUAUUAACAAGAAAAUUAUCGAAGAAACUAAUGCAACAGCAAGUGAAGUUAAUGACUCAAAUGUUACUUCUUGUAGUGGUGAAGUAAUUAGUUCUGUUAUUGCUGAUGUUUUACAAAUCUCCGCCUUGCUAAAUCUGUCGGAAGUUGCUCCGUAUACCUUAUCUAGCCUAAUCCGAGCACUGAAAAAUAAAAUUUGUCAACUUGAUAUAUUUGUUCCUGAAGAACUGUACUUACCAGCUCCGCCACUGUAUUGUCCGCAGUUUUUGGAUAAUGAAGAUGAAGCAUCUCCAUUCACAAGCUCGGAUACUGAAUCUGUUUUCCGUACGAUCAUAUAUAAUAGCAGUCAACAAUUACUGAAUAUUUAUAGCUCAUCACAUUAUAUAUCCGCCUGUACGAAAUGGUAUUGCCAAAAGAUAGUUCGAGCUUAUUUAAUGAAGAAUUUUUCUAAUUCGCAAGAAAGUCACAACGAUAGAAAUGAUUUGAAUAAUAAUUCCGUACUUCUAGAUACAAAUAUGUUAGAAACUCAUAAUAUACCGGCAACUCUUUCAAAUUACGCUCUAGCUGAAGACAAUCUUGCUACGAUUUGGCUAGAUCAAUGUAAUGAUAUAAAUACAUCUUCAUCAAAUGUUACCGAAAUCAUAAAUGCAAUUAGUGUAUUAAAUUCUUUUCGACAACUCUGUAUUCUACUCUGGUUGAUGCAUGUUCGAGAUGAAUUUUCUUUAAAUUAUCGUAAAUUGAUGGAAGGAAAAAAUUUUUCAUCAUCUGCGAAUGGGUUCAAUAUUGAAGAUUUUCACCAACAUUGCCUAGUAACGCUAAAGUGGUGCUUAAUGCUAAUUCAUUUUGCUGAUUUGUUGCAAGAUAAAGCGACGAUAUUGAAUAUCAUGUUAAAUAUUUUAAUAGAAAUUCCUAUUAGCCCUGUUCAUGCUAAGAUUUUGAUGAUGCACAAAGAUGAAUUUACUGAUUCAUCGACUUCAUCAAUGAUUAGAAAGAAGUAUUAUCGCCUUAUUAAAAAUAUUGAACGCCAUGUUAUUCAACAAACACAUGAAAUACAUAUCACAACAGAAGAAGCAUUAGCUACUUUAAGUGAGCAGAAACAAGAUCAGUUUCAGAAUGUAACCAUAGAAAAUUAUCAAAUUCAGUUUGAAAUCUGUGAAGGCCAAGAUAGUCAAUAUAAUCAAGCAUCGGAUUAUAUUACCCUUUGGCCAUUCGAAAUGGAUAAGGAUUAUCUAGAGUUUUUAGAUACAUUCUUUUUGAUAGCACUAUCUAAAAUACCAGAAAUAUCGACCACUACCAAUAUACCCGGCGUUGCAACACUUCCUCCUUUGCCAUUGCUGUCCUUGUUUCGUAAUCAAAUUGCUGAAUAUCUGAACAUUGUCGAUGGGUAUUACAACACCAAGCGUAACACCAAACAACGCUAUCGGAAGACAAAUUCAGGCAAAAUCGACCCAAAAGACAGAAUUUUACAGAAAACGGCCUCCUCCGCUGCUUUAUUGCAAAAUAUAUCAAAAAAAAGUCCACAAUCUACUCCUCAAUCAGCUAGAGGUCACCGUUUACCUACUGGCGCUACUAAACAAAAAGUACAGCGGCAACGUAGCCGCAGUUUCGAUGCCAGUGAGAAAGCUAGCCAUAAAGGAGCAUUUAUUCAUCAAGUGCUGUUAGAUGAUGAUUCUGCAGCUAACAGUGACGAUAAAUAUCGGCAGGAUAGUGAAAAUGAUUUAGAAAAAAUACUGAAUGGUCCGCUGUCAUUACUGACUCCAUUCGCUAAAUGGUUGUUGAAAUGGUCGGCAAAAAGUGAGCCUGGAGAUAUUCAGCGACUUAACAUUGGCACUAAUAGAUGCCACCUGAUUAGCAUGAGAGUAAUUUUGGAUCUAGAUAUCGUACUAAAUAGCCUUUGGCUGCUUGAGAAUGGCUACCAAAUUGACUCUUCUAGAUUCAAUGACGAUGAAAUUGUCCAUGGUACUCAUUUUAUGGCAGAAUCCUCAAUUAAGACAGUAACGUCUGAUGAUUCUAUGGCAUCAUCGUCACGAUUACGAAGUGUAUCACAUCCUACUCCGAUCCUGAAUGCGCUAAACGUGCAAGAUCAUGACAGAUCUGAUGGUUUUGACUCUAAGCUUGAUCUUAAUCCCUCCUCAGUGUCUUCAAUACCAUUAACAAAGCUGUCACAUGAUGAUUUAUCCAUGAAAGAUAUUGAUUCUGUCAAAAGCGUAGACUUUUACAAUGUUAACGAAGUUUUGGAACAUGAGCAGCAAAAUCAUAUUGAUGACGGCGAUGAUGCAAACGACAAUCUAAUUCAGAAUCCGUUAGAUACAGAGAAACAAUCUGCCUAUUUUCAUUUAAACACUGAUUCAAGCGAGUCAGAAUCUAAUAACUUAAAAGGUGUUCUCACCAAGCAGAUACAAAAUAUAGAAAGAAAGGGUGAUUUUCUAGCUAUGAAGCAGCAAAAUAUUAGUGAUAGUACUCGGUCUGAAGGUGGACAAUUGCAUAAAAGUAGUCAAACAAGGGAAAAAAUAUCAACAUGCGAAAUACCACCUACCGAUGCUGAUCAAGAGUUGAGCACAUCGUUAGAUGAUCCAACUAAAAAAUUGACAAAUACCAAAAGUAAUUCUAGUUCAUUAACGGCUUCAACGCCUUUUCAUCAAGCUAUCACGACCGUUGAUUUGUCACCUUCAACUUACCGAUCGACAAAUAAUCAGGAUGGCACCUUAAUUUUUUUCGAUCGUACUGACAAUAGUGCUGAAGAAAAGAAAAUUAUGGAACUUAAUGAUAGCGACAACCAAUAUCCAACUGUUAUUGCAAAGAAAGAAUUAUCCAAUGUUGACCAGGUCAAUUUGGAUAGUAGCGGUAAAAGGUUGGAUUUAAAUCCUGAUCAAUCUUCAAAAUCUUAUGGUGGCUUUCAUCAGGAAGUAGACUACGACAAGGUGACAGACAUAAUGCCAACUUAUGUAAUGGCAGUCGAUCAGAUAGCGACAGACAGUAACUCAGAUGUUUGUCAUAGUAGGGACAACAAAGUAUUAAGUCCGACACAUGGCAGGAAAAUAACCAGGCAACAUCAAGUCAAGAGCUCUUCUAGUGCUAACGAGCACUCUAGUACAAUGAAACAGGAAAUUUCAACAUUACGACGAUAUAGUAAAAAUUCUCAGGAUCACAAUAAUAAAUCUAAGAGUUACAAUAGGAAUGCACUGGUUACUAGUCACUAUCGAAAUAGUUUGCAACCUGAUAAUGAUAGUGAAAGUGGGGAAUGGAAUAGUAGCAAAAUCAAAGCAGCUUCAAGCAAAUAUCAAAUUAGCAGAAACGUCAAAAGUAGUAAUAAGGAAUUUCACGACGAUAGCGAUGAAGAAUGUACUUAUCGUCAAGCAAUUUUAAAUCCUUUAAGCAAUGGCACUACGGACAGCAUUAAAUUGAACACAGCAAAAAUUAUGCCAACCUCGAAUAAAAAUCAAGGCAAUAAACUGUAUCAGCACUCUGUUGAAGGUAAUGGGCAGGAAUCAUGUCAUGACCAAUUUUCGGAUACCAUGGAAAAAGACGAAGUAAAAAUAACCCCUGAUUCAGUUCAAAGAGUUGUUCGUGAUGAAAUGAUUAGAGUUUUACAGAUGCAAAAUAGUAAUUUAAUGAUGAUGUUGCAAGGUGCUCAGGAAAGUGGGGCCCCAUUAUCAAAGCCAGCUUUAGACGCUGACAAUAUCGGUAUUGCUACCCAAAGUCGUCAAUUUUCAGAAAGAGAUAAUGCAAUAAAAAUCAAUGAUGAUGAGAAAGAACAUAAGAAAUUUGAAACCAAAGUUGAUGCAUCAACGAGUCCGAUUUUAUAUCAAGCUAAUGGAAUAAGUCAACAGGAAGAUGAGGAUACAACUCGUAAAGAUAGUUCAGAUUCGAAAUUAUCAAUCCGUACCCAAUCAUUAAAUGAAACAAGAAGUAUUCAAUCUAGCUGCCAAUCAAGUAUCAGAAAGACCGAUUUAGUUCAUUCUGCCGUAUCUUCUGGUACUUUACCGCUUUUGCAAGCUAACAUUGCAGAUGAUGAAGACGAGCAAUUACCUCAGCUAGAUUCGAAUUCCCUAGUCUACUCUGGCAUAAAUUCGAAGCUAAAUCAAGAUCACGGAGUAUCUAUGGCUCCAUUGUACCAUUUGCACAGUCAUGAUAUUGCAUUUGCGUCAAAAGAAGUAGAACUACCAUUAUUAAUGGUGGAUCCAAAACAAUUGAAUAAUCGAGUAAGCGAAUACCGUUCUACAUCAUUAAUUCAAUCAUAUGAUAUUACUUCUAUUCCUCGCCCCGAAGAAAUAAUCAAAUCUGAACGCACCGCUGAAAAUUCUUAUCCACUUUUACAUGUCGAUUUGGAUACAGUCAAUAAUAAUUAUCCUAAACGUCAACCGCAUAAUAACAAGCGAAACACAUUUGUCUCAACUUUGAUACCUCCCGAGCAAAUUUCAACCAUAACUGACUGGAAUAAAGUGCCCAGCAAUUAUUUGUUAUCAAAUGGUUUAAAUGAUGUUGAGUUACUGAAAUGCGAUUUAUCUUUAUCCUCAUUAAAUCAUAAUGAUAAGCUAUUAAAUGAAAAAGACCUCUCCAAAAAACAACCGGAAAAAAUUAACGUUGAUACGAAAGAAGUUCAAAUUGAUAAUAAAAUAAAUCAUGAAAUCACUGUUACAAGAAGAAAAAGACACCGGCAGCAAAAUAAGGAAAAUUUCCAAUUUUUAAAUCAAUUAGCCCUUGAUAGCAAACCCAUUCAAUCAAAUUCGCAAAAUACGGCUACAAUAGAUAACGAUUGUGUCAGCUCAAAUCAGAUUAAAGAUUUAAAAGAGAAAAAAAAUAAAAGAAUAUAUAGAAAAGAUCAACCAGGUCAAAUUAGAGUUGGAAAUGCAGUUAUAACAUUAAAACAAGCUAAGGUUACUUCUAUUUCUGAUGUUGAUAUCAAUGGCGCUGAGAAAAAAUCAGGAGAAAUUGACAAUCUAAGUCUUCAGUUAAGCAAUGUUAGUCAACAGUCCAUACCUAUCACAACCCCUGAACGGGAAGAAAUGCAAGAGAAAUUACUCAAAGAUAAGGAAAAAUUUCUAAACGAUGUUUUCGAUGGUCAAGUUCCUCUUGAAUUAAAAAAUAUGGUACUCUUUGGCCAAUCUGUAAAAGGUGAACAGGAGGCAGAAGAUGAAUUGGCAACAACUGAAGAUGACGAAGUGCAAUUAGCGAGCAAUCAAGCUGAAAUUGAUCACUAUAAUAAAGAUGCUUGUGUUGGCCCAGAUAUAGCUGAUGAUUAUAACAUCUUAUCAUCAAAGGAAACCACUGAGGUACAUACUCAAACAGAAAGUUCAGAAUCAAAAGCUAAUGUAGCGGGAAAUGGUAUUCAUUCAAAAAUGGAAAUCCAUCAUUUACUUGAAGAAUACCCACAACAACCUCGUACUGCAUCUAAUGAAGUAAUUAAUCAAGAUCAACAACCUAUUAGUUAUGUUUCCCCUGAGUUAUUUCUUCACGGCAAUAAUCAAGCUACGAAUUCAUUGCUAACUUUACCUAAAAACACUAAGGUAACGCUAAUUUCUGCAGCUGAUACAGUUAGCAGUAAUCAAUCUAGCCAUGAUGGAAAACAGCAUCAUUUUAUUCAUGUCGCUGAUAUACACAGCGACCAUCCAGAAAGUAAUUUCAUACCUGUUAGAACAUUUAAGCCACCAGAAUUAGCAUCAUCUCUGCAGCAAGAUGUCGACAGAUUGUUAGAGUCAACCGAUAGCGAUAGCAAGUUAGACUUGCAUAAAGACGGUAAAUUCGAUGAUAUUAAGACUAAUGAUAUUGGUCCGGAUGAAGCCACUAUGUCAGCUUUCAAAUCUCUUGAUGACAUGAUGAAAUCGGUAAAGCCGAUUGCCCCUUCGAGCGAAAAUGACAUACAAGUACGAGCUAAAACUGGAUUACAACGGCAUUUAGAAGGAAUGAAAUCACGUUUGGAAGCAAUAGAAGAAAUUACUCAAAAUGUUACAAAUCAAUUUCAAGAUGUUAAAGCGCUAGCAAAAACAAUUGAACGACUAGAACAAGCUCGUCAUCCUCAAUUAAACAUAGAUAACGACGGAGAAGAUGAUAGCAAUCCUAUCCAAGUUACUACAUUACUAGAACAACUCGGUCAAAAGCUGCAGCCAAAGAUUGAUCACAGUGACAGUAAUCAUAUAUCAUUACAAGUCAAUGCUUCUCCAUCGACUUCAUUAUCCACCUCGAAAGACGUACUCUCGAAUGUGGCAUUAGAAAUUGAAUCCAAUGUGGAGCAUCAUGUCAGUGACGAUAGAGGUAGUGAGGAAAGUUUUUCGUCGACUAUUCAACUAAGUAGCAAAUUGCCAACCGAUCUUGCAUCAAUGAUCAGUAAGCAGAGCCAGAUUACUGACCAAUCUCAAGAUAAUGUUCUGACCGCAUAUAACAGCGUAAAGAGUAUAAAGGAGUCAUUGCCUGAAGGUUCGUCUGAUUUAAGAUCGCUGUUUCCUGAUUUGCAACAAUCUCAAAGCAACGUUGAUAAUAAGGAAGAAAAAAGAAAGGAAUUACUAGCUUGGAUGGCUAAGCGUCGUCAAGAACAAGCUAUCAAAUAUAGGCAACAUUUGGAUGAUUUAAAAGAGCGAGAAAACCCAAGUCAUUUCAGAUAUAAAGAUGGUAAGAAGAAAAUGGGAUAUAAAGAAAUUAAAGCUAGUCGAAAGAAGGAACUUCAUCAGCGUAAGUUAAAAGAGAAGAAAUAUCAACAAACACGUUUUGAACUUGCUUUCCAAUUAAUGGGCGAUAUUGUUACUGAACCGGCGCCUAAGAUACGCAAAUACAAUGAAGUCGUAAAAUCAUCAGUAAAAUCAUAUCAACGGAAUGGACCAAUAAAACAGAAAGCCAACAAAUCUAAUACCACUGAAAAUAAUGCAACGAAGAGAUUAGAAUCAGCAUUUAAACUAAUAGAAGACAUGCAGUUAACAGGACAAGAACAGCAUAUUAUUGGCGAAGAAGGCGAUGAUAUAGAAGAUGAAGGUGCUCAGACUUUAUCCAGUGAAGGGUAUUCAUUCGCUCCUUAUGUUAAUGAUCACUUGCAGCAAGCGCUAGUGAAAAAUAGAGCUCCAUUUAUUCGCAGUCAAGAUCUUCAUUUAUCAUUAAAUCAACAACAAAUCGAGGCCCUUCAGCGAGCUAAACAGUAUUCACAAAGAAUCGAUAAGAUUCAACAAGUACGAACUAAACGUGAAGAAGAACAAUUAAAGAGUAAAACUGAUACCAAUACGAAACCUCGUCUGCUAUCUUCAACACCAGCAACACUAACUACUUCACAAGCUAUUAAUCCUAGAAAAUCUUUAGCAUCUCCUCAAAAAGUUAGAGUUGGUUUUACUACACCAGUUGGACGUUAUAAGGCCUCGCAAGCAAAAAGAGAGAGGGCUAAUCGCAACCAAUCUUAUGCAAAAACAAAGUCAUCAAAUAAAGCACGCGUACAACAAGAUCUUCAACAAUCGAUUGAAUCUGACAUUGGUGGAUGGGAAGCAAGUGACGUACAAUAUGACGAUGUUAAAGAAAUCUUGGCAAAAAAUAAUAUCAAUAUCGAUAACAUUUCGUUAAGUAGUGGCAGUGUAAGCCAGUCAAUUGACUGGAAAGCCGUAGAUGCUAUCUUAGCUGAAGAUAGCAGCGUUAUUGGCGGAAGUAAUAUCUCAAGUAACGAUAUUCAUGGGUCUUCAAUAUUAAGCGGACCAACUUCGGAAGCACCAAUCCGCUACGGCAUCCAAGACCAUGAUUUAGUCUUAAGUUAUAAUCCUUCUGAUGAUUUCAUUAAGUCUAACGUAGGAAAGGCUGCUCAGAUUCGAGCCGAUUAUAAUCACCCAGAUCUUAAACAAUAUCAUGUAGUUGGAAACUCCAGUAAUAUACGCGAUACAGCCAGUAUCAGAUCAGUUAGUAGCAUGAGUGGAAGUAUAAUGAGUAAUAUCGAUUGGGAUGAAGUAGAUAAACUAAUAGAAGAUGCUUAA